AAGAGAUCCGUAAGAGUACAACUCCCACUUCGACUUAAUGGGAAGAGGGGGGGUCAAAGGUUAUUCAUAUUCAACGCCUACAAGUACUCGUAAGUUGCUCCGUCACGGAGCAAGUUCACCACGACAAUGUGGACUUCUAACACGGAUGUUUUUCGAGUUUAUUAACUGGGUCGGAAAAAAAUAUGCGAAAUAUAAAACACUGUCAUGUGUCUAAUAGAGAUAUAGUUUAAUAGAGACCACUGUAUAAAAGACAUUUAAUCUUUUUAAAGAUCUUUAUGAAUCGUGAAAUUCAAACUAACAUCACGCGCCAUAUAUUAGCAAUAUUAGCAUAUCUGUAAACGUUUGAUUGUUUAGGAUGCAUUUCAACCAAUGGAUUGUGUGUUUUCGCAAUCUUCCAUUUUGACCGACAUUUCGUCUUUUGUUCAGAAAAAAAAAAGAUAUAUAGACCUAUAGGCCUAUAUACGUAGGCCUACUAAAAUCGUUGCACAAAGAAACAACGCGUAGAAUCUAGUAGGUGCCCGCAUUGUGAUAGCGAAAUGACUUAUUAGCUAUAGGCUACCCAUCCUCUUAAAUUUUGUAUCGCCGAGGCAUUAUAGGCCUAUCUGUACUUUUUAGUCUCUAUAUCUAGUCUUUGAAUGAAUAGGUUAGGCACAUAUCUAUAAAUAGUUAGGCCCUAAUAAUAAAUUAUAGGCUAAUAUACAUCUCACGGUUCUCUUAUUGAAGAAUAGGCGAUUACUUUUACAUUUCAUAUUUUUGAGUUUAAAAUGACUUGUGAAAUCACAGUGCCAGGUGAAACAGUCACUGAAAUUCUUAAAUAUUGGGCCUCUACUGAAGAUAAUAACUUACCAGCAUUUGUGAGCAUUUACCCUAGUGGUGAAAAGAAUGUUCUUACUAGAAAGGAAGUUUAUGACUGCUCAAAAAAAUUUGCACAUAAACUCAGAAAUUUAGGUAUUGGCAAAGGUGAUAUAAUUUGCAAUACCUUACCUAACUCUUUGGAACGUGUUGUAUGUGAAUUUGGAAUAACCCUGUCUGGCGCAACCUCAAUGAAUGGCCAGGUUUUGCGUUCAGAUGGAGAAGAUUUCAGAGAGGCGUUAAGGAUUUCUCAAAGCUUGGCAGUGAUAGUGGAUCCAGAUGCAUAUCAUAGUGCUCACAGUUUGCUAGUUAAAGAAAUAUCAUUGGGCAGUGAUAAUAAUUUUCACUCUGAGGAGCUUCCUUGCCUGAAACAUUUUAUUGUGUGCAGUAGGAAUAAAGUGGACAAGACUAAAGAUUUCAUAACAUUAAUGAAAGAUCCCAACUUGCCAAGCUUUGUCGCUGAAGUAUCCCCUUCAGAUUUAGUUACAGUCAUGACCACAUCUGGAAGCACCGGCUAUUCAAAGCUUGUCAAAUUCUCUCAUGCCAACAUUUGUGCUUUUGGCUGCCAAGUGAAGGCCAUUGAGCCAUUAAAACCAGGAGACCACUUUUUGAACUGCUCGCAGUUAGGCUGGGCAGGGGGAUAUCCUCAGUGGUAUCUAUCUUGCGGUGUGACUCGCUACUUUCUGGACAUGCACAACGGUCCAUACCAAAACUUGCCAGAAAUGUUGUGGAGAAUAAUUAUUAGUGAGAAAAUAGUGUAUGCGUUUUUGACACCGCUAGUUGUAAAUAGUAUUCUGAGUGAAAAAUCUUUAUGGGAAAAUUCCUCUUGGAAACCUAAAUGUCUUUGUUUAGCUGGACAGCCUGUCAAGAAAGGUACAUUGGACAUAAUUGGAAAACUUUGUGAUACUGUGGAUAUAAAUUAUGGAAUAACAGAAUGUAAUUUAGUUUCCACUCAUAGGAUAAUAGAUUCCUCCACUUACAAAGAGGGAUGUGCUGGAUGUCCAGGUUAUCGUGUGACAGUUAAAAUUGUUGAUAAAGAUUUCCAGGAAUUGGAUCAAGGAAAAACUGGACAAAUUCUGGUCAAGAGCCCUAGUCUUUGUCAAGGUUACUUAAACAAUGAAGUUGCUUGCCAAAAAGCAUUUUUGGAGGACGGGUGGUUCUGCACUGAUGAUGCAGGCUCUAUUGGCGAGGAUGGUAAACUUUAUGUUGAAGGCCGUCAGUCUGAUUGUAUUAUGAGAGGUACUAGUGUUUUGUAUCCAGGCUGGCUAGAGAAAAAACUGAAAGAGUUUCCAAGUGUUGAGGAUGUUGUGGUAGUUGGUGUUCCUGAUGAUGUUUUGUACAAUGAAAUAUGUGCUUGUAUUCUGAUCAAAGACCUGGCAGGAGUUUUUGCUGGCAAGGGACAUUUAAAACCCAAAGCUGCAAGCAAUAAAAACUUAGAUAUGACCUCUACAGUCUGUGAUAAUAGUUUAACACCUAAAUUACAAAAUGGCAGCACCCAAAAACAGACAUGUGAAACUGUCUAUGGAAAAUCACUGUGUGAGAAAAUUGUCUCACUUAAAGGCUUGGAAGCAUUUGAAGAAGAGCUCAGAACUUUUGCUUGUAAAAUAUUUUUGUCUUACCCAUUGGUUCCUAAGUAUUACAUAUUUGUAGACAAAUUUCCACUCACCCUUAAUGGAAAAAUUUGCAGAAAAGAUCUCAGGGAACUAGCUGCAAAUCUUUUGGAGCUCAACAAGACCUAAGAGGAUUUACUAUUGCUUCUGCAAGAACAUUUUCUUUUAUUAUAUUAAAAGAUAAUAAAUACGUUAUUUUCAUUUAAUUAAGCGCCUAUAUUAAAUAGCUGUGGUAGCUAACAGACAAUUUCAGUGAUUUUACUCUAGUAUUUUAAAUACAAUUGUUAAAUAUAAAACAAUUGACUGAAUACUGCGUUAAUUAAAACAUUUACAGUGACAAUAUUAAUGUACUUUCAAGUGUCCUUGUGUAUAUACUUAAAACUUAUUUUAAUAUUUAUUCAAUAAAUUGUCUUUCAUUGACAUGUGAUAUGAACUAUUUGUGAUCACUUUCAUGUGAAUAAAUUGAUUUGUACAUUUUACUCUCACAUUUUUAUAAACCAGUGAUGCUCAAUAUACGGCCUGUGGGCCAGAUCAGGCCCGCAGUGUGGUUCCAUCCGGCCUGCCAAAAUGUUGUCACAAAGUGUAGAAAAUCUGCUACCUCCUUUAAAAAAAGUUGAAAAAUGUCUCUUUACCAACGUUAGGGCUACCAAUUUUUCUCCGAUGGAUUGGUACCAUGACCUUUAACAUUUGUGUGUUUAUGAAAUGGGACUCUAUGUAGAAUUUACAAGAAAAAGUGAAAGGAAAUUUACUUUUUUGUGGACCAUGAUAAUAAGCCAACAUAUUUUUAAAAAGAGCAACAUAUAAACAGCAUUAUAAAACAACUUUGACGGCAUUCUUGGUCGGAGCGUGAAUAAAAUGAUUAUCAAACUACGCCUAGAGAUUGAAGGAUUGAUGAGAAUAAUUACCAAAAAGAGACAAGAAUAUGAGUCAUUGGUAAAGCUAGCUACUUUGUUGCUCAUAUUGUUUGUAGAGAAAUGAAACUGUUUUCUGACUCAAGAAAAAAAAGGAUAAUGAUAUCCCAUUAAUUAAUGUAAGUAGUAGACCCACCGGUUUCUAAUCAGAUAGUUUCAGGUCAAUUUCAUUUUGUUUUUGUACCUUUUCGUUUGUGACCUGCGACACCAGUGUCGGAAAUCAAAAUGGCCGGAGAUCGAUUUAUGUUGGGCAUCACUGUUAUAAACAAUUGCUGGUAUAUGAGUGAGUAUUCAGAAGGCCUCAGUUUAAGAAAGAUUUCUAACAUCAAAUCAAGUCAAUAAUUGUUAAUCAAACCAUCUUCUUAAGUAGGUAGUAGUUUAAGUUAGUCUACUACAGUAAUCCCUUGCUACUUCGUAGUUCAUCUUUCACAGAUUCGCUAGUUCUCAGGAUUUUAAAUAGUGCAUGGGUGAUUGCUAGUUGUUGAAUAAUAUAUUUAAAAUUUUAUUUUUUUUUGGGCUAAUGGGAGACGGCGCAAUGUGCAUAUGACAAUGAAAACUACAGCCAAAACUAGAAUAAUUAGUGUAUUAUAUAUUCUGAACCAAAUUUUAUGACCCAAAAAAAAAAUCAAAGCUAGGAAAAUCAAUGCUUGUGAAGAUUUUAUAAACAUUUAUUUAAAAAAAAAAACAACAGCUUUAUGUAAAGAGUGAUGUGAAAUGUUUUUAAUUUUUUAGUUAAUAAAGUAUUUAUUAUUUAUUCUAAUGAAA